UCGGCGAUUGGGCGGUGCCCGAGGGCUCGGAGAAGAAGGCCCUUGGCGGUUGGGCAGUGCUGGCUAAGGCUAGUUUUAAAGGAGCCGGAGGUGGGAGCCGUCGAAGACCCGGGAUUCGCGGGAGGCGGCGGCUGCCGCCUGGGAUCCCCCAGGGACUCCCCGGAGCCGCCGCUUCCCCCAUGGACUUGCCCGGGGACUCCAGUCCACCUGGCCGGCCACGUCUGUGUCGCCAGCCUCUGGCUCGAGCAUUAUGGGGAGCCAGGAGCCCCAAACGGCCGAGACUGCAGUCUCUAGCGGCCCCUUCACCUUUGGAAAAGGCCUCUCGGCGGGUUUUGGCUGUGGUGCUGGAAGAUGUUAUGGCUGCCCACAUGGUUCCCCUGGUGCCCCAAGAAGAGACCCCCACCCCACGGCACCACAGCAACCAACGGGAUUCUGUCCGCAGCCAGCCACCUGCCUCACCACCCCAACAGGCCACGUGGUCCUCACAUACCAGGCCUCCCGACCCACUGGACCCACUGCGCUUAUGCCGAGAGCCCCUGAGCCGCAUCCACCGGCCCUCUUCUACCCUGAGGCGGCGAUCAAGGACAACCCCUGGCCCAGAGGCGGGCCCUUCACAAAAGGUGGACUGGACCCCCCAGCCCACUCUGGUGGUGAUGCUAGAAGACAUUGCCAGCCCAAGACCCCCAGCUGAGGGCUUUGCUGAUGAGACUCCCAACUUCCUCAUCCCAGCGAGAAGAGCUGAGCCCAUGACGAUUGUUCACCAGUCAAUGCCUCCGUCCAGGGACCUGGAUCCCCCAUUCCAGCCAUCUGCCCUGCCUGAAGACCCUCCAGAGACCCCACCACCAGCCCGGGAUCCUCUACUGGAGCCCCCAUCGAUCCCACCGCCGUCCAGCCUUUUACGCCCCCGCCUCAGUCCCUGGGGCUUGGCCCCCCUCUUCCGUUCCGUCCGCUCCAAGCUGGAGAGCUUUGCUGAUAUCUUCCUCACACCCAACAAAGCCCCACGGCCCCCACCCCCAUCACCCCCCAUGAAGUUGGAGUUGAAGAUUGCCAUUUCAGAGGCCGAGCAGUCCGGGGCUACUGGGGACACUGCGUCUGUCAGUCCCCGGCCCCCUAUCCGCCAGUGGCGGGCCCAAGACCACAAUCCCCCCGCACCGCUGUCUAAGCCCUCUCUGGGCCGAAGCCACUCCUGCCCUGAUCUGGGGCCCCCUGGCCCAGAUACCUGCAGCUGGCCCCCUGCUCCACACCAACCAAGCCGGUCACGGCCCCGGCGGCACACUGUGGGUGGUGGAGAGAUGGCCCGAGCCCCACCACCCCCUCGGCCCUGUCUCCGGAAAGAGGUCUUCCCUCUUGGAGGAGUGGGAGGCUCUCCUCCCCUUGUCACAUCUUGCUCGUCCACCGCAUCUUCUUCCUCCUUCUCUGAACCUGCAGAACCCAGGUUGGGUUCAACCAAGGGGAAGGAGCCAAGGGCCUCAGAGGACCAGGUGCUUUCAGACCCUGAUACCAAGAGCAUGGGAAAGGUUUCUCGAUUCAGAAUACGCAGGACGCCAGCCCGUUCUCAGCUCAACCUUACACCAAUGGGGCUGCCUCGACCAAUCAGGUUGAACAAGAAGGAGUUCAGCUUAGAAGAAAUUUAUACCAACAAGAAUUAUCAGUCGCCUACAACCAGGAGGACCUUUGAGACCAUCUUUGAGGAACCCCGGGAGCGCAACGGGACUUUGAUUUUCACCAGCUCAAAGAAGCUUCGGCGGGCUGUAGAAUUUCGGGACAGCAGCCUUCCUCGAACCCGGCGGCCCUCUCGUGGGGUCCGGGCUGCAGCUGGCAGGACCCUUACCCCCAGCCUGGCCCCCAGCCCAGAUGUGGGACCUCUGCUGCAGCAGCGGCUGGAGGAGCUGGAUGCCUCACUCCUGGAAGAGGAGGAAGUGGAUAGGGAGCGGCCCCAUCGGACCUAGGAGCUCCACCUGUUUGUUCAUCCGUCCUGAAGCAUCUGGGGCAGUUAUAUAUUUUUCUCUAUAUUUCUAGUAAAGUUUUCGAUAUGUUUCUGA